GUGCAACAUUGUACUGCAAGUCAAUCAAUACAGUAAUUUAAGUCACUUCAACUGUAAUGGAAAAGUAUGAAAAAUUAGCUAAGAUUGGAGAAGGGUCUUAUGGGGUUGUGUUCAAAUGCAGAAACAAAACCUCUGGACAAGUGGUAGCUAUUAAAAAAUUUGUGGAAUCUGAAGAUGAUCCUGUUGUUAAGAAAAUAGCACUAAGAGAAAUACGUAUGUUGAAGCAAUUAAAACACCCAAACCUUGUGAAUCUCAUUGAGGUGUUCAGGAGAAAAAGGAAAAUGCACUUAGUUUUUGAAUACUGUGAUCACACACUUUUAAAUGAGCUGGAAAGAAACCCAAAUGGAGUUGCUGAUGGAGUGAUCAAAAGCAUAUUAUGGCAAACACUUCAAGCUCUUAAUUUCUGUCAUAAACAUAAUUGUAUUCACAGAGAUGUAAAACCUGAAAAUAUUCUAAUAACUAAGCAAGGAAUAAUCAAGAUCUGUGACUUUGGGUUUGCACGAAUUCUGAUUCCAGGAGAUGCUUACACUGAUUAUGUCGCUACAAGAUGGUACCGAGCUCCUGAACUUCUUGUGGGAGAUACUCAGUAUGAUUCUUCGGUAGACGUAUGGGCUACUGGUUGCGUUUUUGCAGAGCUCCUGACAGGCCAGCCACUCUGGCCUGGAAAAUCAGAUGUGGACCAACUUUAUCUGAUAAUCAGAACACUGGGAAAACUAAUCCCAAGACAUCAAUCUAUCUUUAAAAGUAACCAGUUUUUCCAUGGCAUCAGUAUUCCUGAACCAGAAGACAUGGAAACUCUUGAAGAAAAGUUCUCAGAUGCUCAUCCCGUGGCUUUGAAUUUUAUGAAGGAGUGUCUGAAGAUGAAUCCAGAUGACAGAUUAACCUGUGCCCAACUCCUGGAGAGCCCCUAUUUUGAUUCUGUUAGAGAGGACCAAAUUAAAAGAAAAGCACGUAAUGAAGGAAGAAACAGAAGACGUCAGCAGAAUCAACUGUUGCCUCUCAUACCAGGAAGCCACAUCUCCCCCACACCUGAUGGAAGAAAACAAGUCCUCCAGUUAAAAUUUGAUCACCUUCCAAACAUUUAGGAAAAUGUUCUUUCAAGUGGAAAGUAAUUUAAUGUGUACACGUUUUUGUACAAGAGAGAUAGGAAUUCGCAGUGUUUCAAAUGCAAAUGAACCAUAUGAAAAUUAAGAUGCUUUCUAGAAUUGUUUUGCUCUGAUCAUUACUGAUUCCUCUGCCCGUGCUUUUUACAUGAGCCAACUUUAUCUUUUAGAACAUUUUCUUUAAAUGUUAUAAAGUCUGAAGCUGCACAUAUGGAGGAGACAUUUUCAAUUUCAUCAGAGCAGCCGCUCUUGAGAAUUUAUAUUGAGAAUUUGUGGGCUUAUACUUUGACUUAUGAAAAAAAUUUACAGGUAUCGUCUUGCUGCAGCUGACCGCAUAAUGUCGUAGAGCAAUAUCAAAUAGCUUGCCUAGCUGUUGUUUGUGUAAGGAAUGACAUUAUGUUUCUGCGUUUCAGUUCACUCUCACUGUAACCAGGUCUGUUGAGUAAUGCUGGUAUUUUAUUCUGUGUUUUUAUAUUGGUGUGGGAAGGAAAUCUUGAAAUGUCAUCUAGGUUUAUCCCUUGAUUCCAGGGCAGACUCUACUUUCUCUGCCUCAUGAGACAUUGAUGAUUCUAUUUUUAAAGCUAGCUAGAAAAAAUUCCAUACAUUUACAUGGCAAAUAGUGGGUGAACUACAAGAAAUUACCAUCCUCAUGACACAAUGCCCCGGGAUAAUUGACUGCGGACUCCAGCACUGACUCCUUUGCUACGUCAUGGUUCCUUGUCCUCCUUUUUCCCUCCUGGCUAAAUCCCCUCAGUACCUAACCCUGUCCUCCUCGGUGUAUUUUCUAAAUCACUCAUUGUCAACACUCUCUUCCAAAUAUUUGCAUCCAUAGCCUCUGCAAACUUGUGCAGCCCUAAACUUGUGCAUCAUGAUCAGGCCAGGUUUGUAAACACUUCUGAGAGCAGGAGGAUUAUCUUUCAGUUACCUUCAUUUUGUGUCUUUUAC